AGGAAGCCUGGAAGCCUGUGGUUUCCGCACUGCUUCCACCCCCGCCCCCUCGCAUGGACAUUUAUCCCCUACCGCUCAGGCCCUGCCGCCAUCGCCGCAGACCCAGCGCCUAGAGAGACACCAGAGCAGAACCCACCAUGGCUCCCUUCACGCCCCUGGCCUCUGGCAUCCUGUUUUUGCUUUGGCUGAUCACCCCCAGCAGAGCAUGCACCUGUGCUGCACCACACCCGCAGAUGGCCUACUGCAGUUCUGAUCUUGUCAUCAGGGCCAAGUUCAUGGGGAUGGCAGAAGUCAACCAGACUACCUUGUACCAGCGUUAUGAAAUCAAGAUGACCAAGAUGUUCAAAGGUUUCGACGCCUUGGGGGAUGCCCCUGACAUUCGCUUUGUCUACACCCCUGCCAUGGAGAGCGUCUGUGGAUACUUCCACAGGUCCCAGAACCGCAGCGAGGAGUUUCUCAUCACUGGACAACUGCGGAAGGGGCACCUGCACAUCACCACCUGCAGCUUCAUCGCUCCCUGGAGCAGUCUGAGCUCUGCUCAGCGCCGAGGCUUCACCAAGGCCUAUGCUGCUGGCUGUGAGGAAUGCACAGUGUUUCCCUGUUCAUCUAUCCCCUGCAAGCUGGAGAGUGACAUUCAUUGCCUGUGGACAGACCAGCUCCUCUCAGGCUCCGAGAAGGGCUUCCAGAGCCGCCACCUUGCCUGCCUGCCACGGGAGCCAGGGCUGUGCACCUGGCAGUCCCUGAGGCCUCGGAUAGCAUGAAUCCUGUCCUCCAGCAGAAGCCUAAGCCUGCCCAGUGCUCAGCCACUUUCUCAGUCCCACCUUUCUCCCAGACAAUGAAAUAAAGAACUACCACCCAGCA